AUGACUUCCAGGCUUGACCGGCUUGUCACUCUCCUGGAAACUGGCAGCACCUCGGUCAUCCGCAACACUGCAGCCCAGCAGCUGGCUGAUGUCCAAAAGGCCCAUCCAGACGAACUCUUUAACCUCUUGGGAAGAAUCCUGCCAUAUCUGAGAUCCAAGUCAUGGGAUACUCGGACCGCCGCCGCCAAGGCCAUUGGCCUCGUGGCGGCAAAUGCUGAGCCCUUCGAUCCCAACGAGGACGAUGGCCUGGAGCUCAAGAAGCCUGGCGACGAAGAAGAAGAUGGCGAGGAAGCUGUCGAAAUCAAAUCAGAAGAGCCUCUGCCUCUCCAACUACAACAAGACGACCUUCUCAAAUUGGACACUCUCGACGUGGGCUCCAUUCUGAAACUGGGAAAGAAGCUGCUAGGAAGCGCCGGCAAAGAGUAUGAAUAUGCCAUUGCCGCCAUGGAUCCUGCUACACGCCUGCAGCACCAAAAGAAAACAUUGAACGCCCGGCUCGGUCUGGCAGGCGAGUAUCUCGAAAGCGAUCUCAUUGAGGAGAGCGACUUUGCAAUCCGCUCCGCCUCAGCCUCCAAGGCGGCCGAAAAGCUCCCCCCUCCUCCUCCGUCGCGGAAAAAUAGCAUUCAGAAUGGAAGCGCCAACGAGCCCGCCAAUGGCGACGAGUCUGGAUUAAGCAAACGCCAACUCAACCAGCUAAAGCGCAAGAACAAGCAGAACGCGAAACUUGGUGCUAACAAGGUCAGAGUUGUUGACCUUUCCUCCUCGCGCAGAGCUUCAGACUACCCAACUACCCCGUCAACAGCAAUGACUCCGCAUCCGGUAAAAUCAGAAAUCGCCGAAGAAGAAGGCGACAAAAAAGCCGACUAUUUCUCUCUUGAUCGCGAGGGCCUCGACGACGACAGCAAAAUAGUCUCCGAGUUCAAGGGACCAAUUGUUCCCGAAAAGCCCAUCAUCCAAACCGAGGCCGAGGAAGAUGGCAUGGAAUGGCCGUAUGAGCGCAUGUGCGAGUUUCUCAUGGUCGAUCUCUUUGAUCCCAGCUGGGAGAUUCGUCAUGGUUCUGCAAUGGGUCUCCGUGAAGUCGUUCGAGUCCAGGGCGCUGGGGCUGGCCGAAUGCUUGGCAAGUCAAGAGCCGAAAACAAUGCCUCCAAUCGCAAGUGGCUUGAUGAUCUGGCUAGUCGACUUCUUUGCGUCUUUAUGCUCGACCGCUUCGGAGAUUACAUCUCAGACAACGUUGUCGCCCCGAUUCGCGAGGCUGUCGGCCAAACACUGGGUGCCGUUCUUUCUCAUUUGCCCUCCAAAUCAGUCAUCCUAGUUUACGAAAUACUCCAUCGCAUCAUUAUGCUCAAGGACUUUGGGCUGGAACGUCCUAUUUGGGAGGUCUGUCAUGGAGGAAUGAUCGGCCUCAGGUAUCUGGUAGCUGUUCGCAAAGACGUUUUGGUGAAGGAUCCUAGAAUGAUGGAUGGCGUCCUGGAAUCUGUAAUGAAAGGCUUGGCCGACUUUGACGAUGAUGUGCGCGCUGUCAGCGCAGCAACGCUAGUCCCUAUCGCCGAGGAGAUUGUCACCUCUCGCCAAGGCACUCUAAGCGCUCUCAUCAACAUCGUAUGGGAGUGUUUGUCAAAUCUACAAGACGACUUGAGUGCCAGUACUGGCUCGGUCAUGGACUUGCUGGCAAAGCUCUGCACAUUCCCACAGGUUCUCGAGGCAAUGAAAAACAAUGCUGCCGAUGAUCCUGAAGCCUCAUUCGGUAACCUCGUGCCACGGCUUUACCCUUUCCUCAGGCACACAAUCACCAGUGUUCGACUGGCCGUGCUCCGAGCUCUCACAACAUUUUUACAACUAGAGGGCGAAGGGUCCAAUGCCUGGGUCGAUGGGAAAGCCAUGCGCUUGAUCUUUCAAAAUCUCCUGGUGGAGCGGAACGAGGGUGUCUUGAAACUCUCGCUUCAAGUAUGGUCCGAUCUAUUAAAAGCUCUCGACUCCCGCGAUCUCUUUUCAUCAGAAGACUUGGGCUCGCAGAUCAGCCCUCUUAUUUCUUUGACCAUGGGUCCUUUUGGUGUCCCUCGCUACCCAAUCCCCAUGAACGCCUCUCUAUUUAUCAAACCAUCUGGUGUUGCUUAUACGUUGGCCGUGGCGCCAGGCCGAAAAUCAUCACCCCCCACUGCAUCCGAAUCCGGAAAAGGCCGUCGCAAGAAGUCCGAGAAGAAAGAAGCACCACCGCCAACUACGCAUAACGUGGAUGGUCACAUGCUUCAAGGCGAUAUUGACUUGGUUGGUAUCGACACCAUGGUUCGAUCAAAGAUAUAUGCUACUCGAGCUUUGGGCCAGCUUCUGUCUAUCUGGGACUCCAAGGACCUUCCUAGUCUCUGGCAAACUAUCAUUAGCGGACUCAACUGGCCUGCAUCCUCAUCACAGCUUUCAGCUGCAAUGAUUAUCGAAGAGUAUGCCAAACUUGUCGGUUCUGGAGGCAAAUAUACGGCAUCGCUAUGCGAAUGGUUGCGUCCAAUUAUUGAAGCUGAACGACCGGCCUGGUACAGUGAUAUCGCCUGCUACCUACAGAUCACCCGGGCACAAUGUCAUUCUCUAUUGAAUGCAUUCAGAGACCACGCUCAUGUUCCCUCUGCGCGACUGCCUACUUUGGCUGUGGUUGUUCAGGGUGAUAGCGAAGCCGGUCCUAAUGCCUUCUCCAUCAACGAUGCUGAAAAGGUUGUCGGGCCAGAUUUCGAACGACUCAAAAAGGGACUUGCCCCUGCUCAACGUGUUACUGCUCUUCAAGUCUUGAAUGAUACCAGGGCCAGCGCUGAAUCCGCAAUAGAAGAGGCCAAGAUCAUCAAAGAGCAGAGGGACACCCGCGUUCGUGCUGCUACAGCCGGUGCUCUGGUUGCCUUACAAGAUAUUCCUAAGAAACCAAGCCAUAUCAUCAAGGGAAUGAUGGAUAGCAUCAAGAAAGAAGAAAACGGCGAACUGCAACAACGUUCUGCAUUAGCAAUUGUCAGUCUCAUCGACUAUUACACGGCAGCCACGAAGAGAGGCCCGGUUGACAAGGUCAUUGGCAACUUGGUUAAAUACUGCUGUGUGGAUACAUCUGAAACGCCCGAGUUCCAUCACAAUGCUCAUCUUGACAAGUCCAUACUUUCCUUGCGCAAGGAAGAAGAUCGCAGAGAUCAUGUGGAUGCCGCAAAAUUCGAACGGGAAGCCAAAGAAGCCAGAAUCAUGCGACGCGGAGCGAAAGAGGCUCUUGAGCAGUUGGCGGCCAAGUUUGGCAGCCAACUUUUUGAAAAGGUUCCUAACCUCGCAGCUUUGAUUGAACGUCCUCUGCAUGAAGCUCUCGCUGGUGAUCUACCUGAAAAUAUUCGCGACCCGGAGAACGAGUUGGGCCAAGAGGUUGUAGAUGGUCUAUCAACACUUCGGGCUCUUUUGCCAAAGUUCGACACUGGUCUGUACCCCUGGGUUAUCAACAUCAUGCCAAUAAUUGCGAGGUCCCUCCAAUGCGAGCUUUCAGUCAUUCGAUACGCUGCCGCCAAAUGCUUUGCCACGAUUUGCAGCGUCAUUACUGUGGAAGGAAUGACAAUGUUGGUAGAAAAAGUACUUCCUACUGUCAACAACGCUUUGGAUACCCAUUAUCGUCAAGGCGCUGUUGAGUGCAUCUAUCAUUUGAUCCACGUGAUGGAAGACGGAAUACUGCCUUAUGUGAUCUUCCUCAUCGUUCCUGUUCUCGGACGCAUGAGUGACUCUGACAACGAUGUGCGGCUACUUGCAACAACAUCGUUUGCUACUUUGGUCAAGCUUGUUCCGCUCGAAGCGGGUAUUCCAGACCCACCAGGUUUGUCGGAAGAGCUUCUAAAGGGACGAGACCGCGAAAGGAAAUUCAUGUCACAAAUGUUGGAUGUCCGCAAGGUGGAACCUUUUGAAAUUCCCGUCGCAAUUAAAGCGGAAUUACGUUCAUACCAGCAAGACGGAGUCAACUGGCUUGCCUUUCUCAAUCGCUAUCACCUGCAUGGUAUUCUCUGUGAUGAUAUGGGUCUCGGAAAAACACUUCAAACUCUGUGUAUUGUGGCUAGUGAUCACCAUAUGCGCGCAGAAGAAUUUGCUCGGACCCAAGCACCUGAAGUUCGAAAAUUACCUUCGUUGAUCAUAUGUCCUCCCACUCUGUCCGGUCAUUGGCAACAAGAGAUUAAACAGUAUGCGCCGUUCCUUAGCUGCGUUGCCUAUGUUGGUCCGCCUGUGGAGCGUGGAAAACUACGGGGACAACUGGAAGAAGCAGAUAUCAUUAUCACCUCUUACGAUAUUUGCAGAAAUGAUAGCGAUGUGUUCGCCCCCAUGAGCUGGAACUAUUGCGUUCUUGAUGAAGGUCAUCUUAUCAAAAAUCCCAAAGCGAAGAUCACAUUGGCAGUCAAGCGACUUGUUAGCAACCACCGUCUGAUUCUAUCUGGAACACCAAUUCAAAACAACGUUCUGGAGCUCUGGUCAUUGUUCGAUUUCUUGAUGCCUGGUUUCUUGGGCACAGAGAAGGUGUUCUUGGAUCGAUUCGCAAAACCAAUCGCGGCCAGCCGAUUCAGCAAAUCAUCGUCGAAAGAGCAAGAGGCGGGCGCAUUGGCCAUCGAGGCUCUGCAUAAACAAGUUCUUCCAUUCUUGUUGCGCCGCCUAAAGGAAGAAGUUCUGAACGACCUGCCUCCUAAGAUCUUGCAGAACUACUACUGUGAUCCAAGUGACCUACAGAGGAAACUGUUCGAAGACUUCAGCAAGAAGGAGCAGAAAGACCUAGCAAACAAGAUGGGCUCUGCUGAAAAGGCUGCCAAGGAACAUAUUUUCCAGGCUCUUCAAUACAUGCGCCGUCUUUGCAAUUCCCCGGCCUUGGUGAUCAAAGAGGGUCACAAGCAGUAUGAAGACGUCCAAAAGUGGCUUGGGUCAAAACAUUCCAACCUUCGAGAUAUUUCCCACGCGCCCAAGCUUGCAGCAUUGCGUGAUCUUUUGGUCGACUGUGGUAUCGGUGUUGAUCCCAACACUGAAGGUGAGCUAGACACCGGUGCAAGCUAUGUCAGUCCACACCGAGCUCUCAUUUUCUGUCAGAUGAAAGAGAUGCUUGAUAUUGUGCAGGAGGAUGUAUUGAAGAAAAUGCUUCCUUCUGUUCAAUACCUGAGGCUAGAUGGAAGUGUCGAGGCGACGAAGCGCCAGAACAUUGUCAACCAGUUCAACACCGAUCCUAGUUACGAUGUCUUGCUACUCACAACAAGUGUUGGUGGGUUGGGACUUAACCUUACUGGAGCAGAUACGGUCAUUUUCGUGGAACAUGAUUGGAAUCCUCAGAAGGAUAUCCAAGCCAUGGACCGGGCUCACCGGAUUGGUCAAAAGAAGGUGGUGAAUGUCUAUCGCUUGAUUACCAGAGGCACCCUGGAGGAAAAGAUUUUGAAUCUGCAACGAUUCAAGAUAGACGUGGCAUCCACAGUCGUCAAUCAACAAAACGCCGGACUCAAUACAAUGGACACGGACCAGUUGCUAGAUCUAUUCAAUCUCGGCGAAACAGCCGAAGGCGCAGAGAAACCAACACAAGACUCUGCAGCCGGCAACGAGGUUGACAUGGUCGACAUUGAUGGCGAAGUCAAAGAAAAGGGCAAGAAAGGUUGGCUGGACGACCUCGGUGAGCUAUGGGAUGAUCGCCAAUACCAGGAAGAAUACAACCUGGAUUCUUUCCUAGCCAGUAUGAAGGUAUAA